UUCAUUAGAAUGAGAUUUAAGAUAUAAUUGAAGAUCUAAUUUUAUAUAAAUCGAAGAACAGAUAAAAAACUUUUACAGUCGUCCUAUUUGCAUAAAAGAUAUCAUAUGAUACAUUAUAUUAAAAACGAAUAUACUAAAAAUAAAUUUAGAAAAUAACACAGUUUAAAUAAACAUUUUUUUAAUUCAUAACAUUAAUGGUAUAGUGUGCAUAGCUAAUAUAAAAGAAUACCAAUAUAGGUGUACGAUAUAAUCGUAUUUCAAAUCUCAUUGCAUUAAGGAACCACAAUAGUACAUAAAAAUCGUUCAAUAGAAGAAGUAGACGACAUACACUUAUCAUCCGAUCAAAUGAUUUCUUUGCACUAUGUCUCGAGCACUACCCUCCAGCGAAUGUAAAACCUGCAAAUGAAGAAACAAGAAUGAGUGCUCGCUAAUUAUCGACGAAAGUUUCCCCACUGUGUGUCCCCUUGCCUACAAAGCGCACACACGUGGAGGAGUUCAAACGAAGAGACGCGCGCUUGCGUUCUGACCAUAUCGUGUCGAAAGUUUCUAUCCUGUCGAUCAGUCGUCCCUGUACACCAGAGCUGUCAGUAUGCAUGAUCGACCAUACACCACAGUUGAUGAUCAGCUGAGAAACAUACAUUAUGAAAACGAUAUACAUUACACGCUGCAAAUGUGCCAAUGGCUGUUAAAACCAAUCGGAGUGUGGCCUCUCGUUAGUAAUCAUACCAGUAAACUAGAGCAGCUUGUCUCGGUCAUCCUGAUGAUCAUGUGCUUCUCCAGUUUGCUCUUUAUUAUCUUACCAUCAUUUUAUCAUAUCUUUUUCGUGGAGAAGAGUGUGCACGUGAAAGUGAAACUGCUCGGCCCAGUUGGCUUUUGUCUCUCUUCCACGAUUAAAUAUUGCUACCUUGGUGUGAAAGGAGCCUUCUUUGAACGAUGCAUCCAGCAUGUUGAAAAAGACUGGAAAAUGGUACAGGAUCCGAAUCAUCGAACGAUCAUGUUAAAAUAUGCGACGGUCAGCAGAAAACUCAUCACACUUUGUGCCAUUUUUCUAUAUACUGGCGGAAUGUCAUAUCACACGGUAAUGCAAUUCUUAUCGAAAGAAAGGAAUAAGAAGAAUUAUACAUUUAGACCACUGACUUAUCCUGGCUACGAUUCGUUCUUGGAUACUCAAUCCAGUCCUACGUACGAAGUUGUGUUUUUCCUCCAGUGCUUCGCUGCUAUGAUCAUGUACAGCGUGACGACGGUUGCAUACAGUUUAGCUGCGAUCUUUGUUACUCACAUUUGUGGACAGAUCCAAGUACAAAUAGCAAGAUUGCAUGAUUUGGUGGAAAACGAGAAGAGAAAGAACAACGGCCGUGAUUCUAUGUCCGUUAUUGUGCACGAUCACGUGGAAGUUUUAAGAUUUUCGAAAAAUGUUGAGGAAGCUUUGCGUGAAAUAUGUCUGACGGAGAUUGUCGAAUCGACGAUUAUUAUGUGUUUACUCGAAUAUUAUUGUAUGAUGGAAUGGCAAAAUAGCGAUGCGAUCGCCAUAUUAACUUACGUUACUCUGUUGAUCUCCUUCACAUUUAAUAUAUUUAUAUUUUGCUACAUAGGCGAAAUUCUCACUGAACAGUGUAGCCAAAUUGGUACAACUUCCUAUGAAAUCGAAUGGUAUCAGCUGCCAGCUAAGAAAGCUUAUGACCUAAUUCUACUGAUCUCCAUAUCUCACUAUCCACCAAAGCUGACGGCCGGAAAAAUAAUUGAACUGUCUCUGAAUACUUUUAGCUCUGUAGCAAAAUCGUCGGUAAUUUAUUUGAAUUUACUUCGAACAGUUACCGACUGGUAA